AUGAGUCUUUUAACCUGGAUAUUUGGGGAAAAUUUGACUCCUCAGGAGCGUAUGAGAAAAAACCAAAGAGCAUUAGAAAGAGCCCAAAGAGAACUUGACAGGGAAAAGCGUAAAUUAGAAGUGCAAGAGAAAAAAUUGAUUCAAGAGAUCAAGAAAUCUGCGAAAAAUGGACAAGUGAAUGCAGCUAAGAUUCAGGCGAAGGACUUGGUAAGAACAAGGAAGUAUAUUGAGAAAUUCGGGAACAUGAAAACACAAUUGCAGGCCAUUUCGUUGCGGGUACAAGCCGUUAGAAGUAGUGAUCAAAUGGCUAUAUCUAUGAGGGAAGCCACAGGACUACUAGCGGGUAUGAAUAGAUCAAUGAAUCUUCCUCAGUUACAAAGGAUAUCUAUGGAAUUUGAGAAGCAAAGUGACUUGAUGGAGCAGAGACAAGAGUUUAUGGAUGAAUCCAUCGACGAUGUUAUGGGUGACGAGCUAGAUGAAGAUGAAGAAGCAGAUGAAAUUGUUAAUAAGGUUCUUGAUGAAAUUGGAGUGGACUUAAACGCUAAACUCCAGACUGCACCUCAAAAUCUGGUGCAGGCCGAACAACCAGUAAGUGAACCUGCUAAGGCAGUUGCAGAAGCAAUGGGGUCAUCUGGUGGUGUGGCAACUUCUAGUGGGCCUACUACUGAUGAUGAGUUACAGGCUAGAUUGAACAGCUUAAAACGUGGAUAA